AUCCCUCACUGGCCCCCUCCAUCACCACACCCUGCAUUCAAGUUAUGAUGCAGUUCACGGGUAGCCUACUUUUGCCCUAUAUUGCCGUUGGGACUCCAUCACAGGUUUCACUUGAGUCCAGAUCUUACUGUGGAUUAAACACCAGCUGAACGCAGGACUCCUUCCUGGUGAAUGAGAUGGCAGAGUGCGAGGCCGAAGGUGGACUCCCUCAGAGGCGCCUUGGUGUCAAGGAACGGCACAAUGGAGAGCUGACUGACUCGGACCUGUCUGUGGAUGAGAAGAAACAGAGGGACAGGGAGGAGCGUGAAACUCUGGUGUUAUGGAAGAAACCUCUGCUCACACUUCACUACUUCACCCUGGAACUGGUCGACACCUUAAAAGAGUGGCUAUGGAGGCUCUGGCAGCAAAGACAGACUGUGUUUGGCCUGCUGAUCCUGCUUAUCCUCCUCUCCAUUGCCUACUGUAUUGAAGGAACACACCAGAAGUAUGUGCGCUACAUGGAGAAGAAGACGCUGUGGUGCGCCUACUGGGUCGGCCUGGGCAUCCUCUCCUCGGUGGGUCUUGGCACCGGCCUUCACACCUUCCUUCUUUACCUGGGACCACACAUAGCAUCGGUGACCUUGGCAGCCUAUGAAUGUGGCUCGGUGGAUUUCCCCGAACCGCCCUAUCCGGACCAAAUAGUCUGUCCCCAGCCGAACGCACCAGCACCAGACUCUGAUGCUGAGCGAGUGGGCGUGGAGGCCGCGGGGGCGGACGGGUUGGUGGGGUCAGCUGUCAUCCAGGGAAGCAUCUCUCUCUGGACCAUCAUCUCCAAAGUCCGCCUUGAAGCUUGUAUGUGGGGUGCCGGUACAGCGAUAGGAGAGCUUCCUCCAUACUUCAUGGCCCGGGCGGCACGGCUGUCCGGCGCCGAGCCCGAUGACGAGGACUACCAGAGGUUUGAGGAGAUUCUGGACCAGACCCAGUCUGCACAGGACUUUGCCACCCGAGCAAAAGUAGCAGUGCAGCAGCUCAUCCAGAGGGUCGGCUUCUUUGGGAUUCUAGCCUGUGCUUCUAUUCCCAAUCCCUUGUUUGACCUGGCAGGAAUAACAUGUGGACAUUUUUUGGUCCCCUUCUGGACUUUUUUUGGUGCAACUCUCGUUGGGAAAGCAGUCAUCAAAAUGCACAUUCAGAAACUGUUUGUGAUCGUCACCUUCAGCAGGCACAUAGUGGAGCAGAUGGUCUCCCUCAUCGGAUCUGUUCCACUGCUGGGUGCGGCACUGCAGAAGCCCUUCAGGGAGUACUUGGAGGCCCAGAAGGCCAAGCUGCACCAUCAGGCUGGAGAGGGGAUCCCAACUGAGGAGAGCUGGCUGCCGUGGCUCUUUGAGAAGGUUGUGGUCAUCAUGGUAUGCUUCUUUGUCUGCUCCAUUGUCAACUCCAUGGCCCAGAGCUACAGCAAGCGCACGCAGCAGGACAAGUACUCGGAGGGCAAAACGGAGUGAAGGCCAGAUAGCAAUCACAGCCGACCAUCAACUUCAGAAGCUCCCCCUGAUCCCGUACUCAUUUCGGCUCUCCCUCCUCGGCUGAUAACCCGCCAUUAUCUGAAGCAAAAUAUCAGCCUCCGACUGGUUUGCCUCUUGUUAUUGUAGCAACAUGUUUAUGUUGAACUCGGACUUCCAUUUACUUGCUUUUGAAGGCUUUGUAUUUGGUAGUGAUUUCCGCAAUUGUUCUCUGCAAGGUAGGUGCUUGUUGGGCUGCGUGUGAGUGAGCUGUUGUGUUGUUUGAACGUUCAUGUUGGUGCUUUCAUCCGCUCCUGAGUGAGAAGAAGCUGCUGGCCAUAUCUCUCCUUAGUGAGGCCUUAAGCUGCGCUGUUUGUUCACUAGAAGAGUCACUUGAAUCCACUUUAUUUGAAUAAGUUAGGAUUGUUACCUUUGAUUGUGAAGUGAGUUAUUUGUUCAAUAACCAAAUUAUUUAUUAUCUACUGUAUAUUAGCUUGUUAAUUUUUAAGACUGUAUUCUGUAUUUAUUACUGUACUGUGUAGUUGUUUGGCGGCAUUGACUGUGGUAAGAUAAGACAUGUAAAUGAUCGGCCACUUCGGAGCCAUCUCAUUUCUACAUGUUGUAGAGUUCGAAGUCAGUUGCUGUAGAGACCCUAAUAACAUUUCAAACUGUUCGUGGUGCUUUAGAUGAACAAUUCUUUUGUGUGCGCAGUGAAGCUCAUCAAGGUACUUUUGGAUGAGACAUGAGAAAUCGGCCAUGAAUCACCCCGCCGUUCCCUUUGUCUGCCCUUAUUGUUCUGCUUCCAGGAAGGGAGCACAUGAGUCAGCCCGGGGCUACUUUACCAGAUGCAGCCAUAUAUUGAAUCAGAUCUACGGCUGUGUGCGCGUGUGCCUGUGUUUGAGACGGGGAGCGAGAGGCAGGUAGUAGGUUGGGUUUGUGUGACUGCCACAUUUGUUGCUCUCCCUUUUAUCUUUUAUGGGUUUCAGCAGAUUGCCUCCAGUAAUAGACUAAGACUGCCUGGAAGUCUUAGUAUAGCAGACAGUAGCGGCUCAUUUAACUUAGAGACAGGCUGUGUCAUGGUAAGUGUUUUUCUUUGUCUUCACUUGUCCGUUUAGCUUUUUUUCUUUUAAUCCUCUUUUACUUCAGAUGAGGACGGCAUGCUCAUGUUUGACAUUAUAUGAGCAUUUCUCUGCAUUUUAUGUGUUCAUUUUUUUUGCUCUGCGGAUAACGUCAGCUGGCUCUCGGUAUAUGCGGUACCUUCUUUUUUUCAUAAUUGCCAGAGAAAUGUGCUAUUUUCUUCUCCCUCUCUGUACCGCUGCUACGCUACGCUGGACUGAGCACAGUGGGCGCUAGAGCAAGCAGGGGAGAGAGGGAGAGAGGGAGGGAGGGAGGGAGGGAGGGAGGGAGGGAGAGAGAAAAAAAAAGAACCCUCGAGCGCACAGUGAAAAGCGUCUGUGCAGUUACCUCAGCUGAACCUUCGAAUGAACUCGUUGCACUGCCUCAGUCACGGAGCCAGGAGACGAAUCACUCGAGUAGAUUCAAAACAGAGGGGCACUGUUGAGCGGGCUGAACCCUGUGCUCUGCACCAGCGCUAGUCAGAACAUUCACAUCUCCUCUUUUCUCCUGUCAUGGUAAGUCGGAUCAGGAAUCUUUUUUUAUUUUUUUUAUUUUUUGUUCUCAUUGUUGUCAUUUCUGUACAUGCGUACGUCUCAGGCAUGUCCGUCACUCUCUCGGCCUGUCAGAUAGCUUAUCAGACUGGUGUUGGCUGUUAAGAUUGCAAGGCGACAACAGUCUGUAGGCUGUCUGACAUUUCGGGCUCUUUCAUCUGACCAGCAUCCUGUUUCGUCCUCCUUCUGUUAUUGUCAUCGUCUCCGUUAGCAUCAGUUCCCAUUUUAGAGGUGGGUGCUGCGAUAUCACUUCCUUUUAUCCCAACCGCUUGUGAAGCAUCAGAAACAUGGGCCUAUUGUUUAUUUCCUCCACGCUGACGUCUGAGGUUUUUUAUGUGGUUUUAUGUGGGGAACUGUGUUCUCGCAUGUUUGCAAAUGCAGAUGUAGUGAUGUCAAUAGAGUACUUCUGUAUAUGCGUACGUGUGUGUGUGAGUUGGCUCUGUCCUCUUGAAUUUCCAGAGAAUCCAGACAGUACACACCUUAUUGCAACACAACACAUUGUGACACACAGUCCUAGGUAUGGUACACGCAGUGCUCACCCAGCUCUCCCCUUCCCUUUCACACUUCCUUCUUCUCUUUUACUGGGAACUUUCUUCUGUUGCUUAAUACGCACUUCUUUUGUAGGACGCUGCAUUUUAUUGGAACAACUCUCUUGAGAGGAUGUUUUUCAAAGGGCCACAAAUUGGUAAUUAUACAAAGCUGAAAAUGAUUGCUUGACCAGCUGCAAAGCUUCAGUUUUAUUUUAGAUUCAUUUUCUUUUCUUCUAAAACAGCGAAAGGGUAAAACUUUUUCCUGGUCAUAAAAGCAAAAUCAUUGGAUAACACUGGAAUGGCUCACUGGCUUAGAGAGUGUUUUUCUUGGCAGUUUCAGGAUGUCCUGUUCCAUAAGGGAGCCCCCUUUUGGCAUGCCUGUCUCAAUGUGUGCAGUGCAUGUUUGUCUAGAAAUUCUGUUUCUAUUUCUCGUCUAAUAUAUCUGUACCAUGGUUAUUUUAAAGGUAUGUAUGUAGUGUUUUCUCAUGUGCUCUCACUAUAAAUAAAGUAUGUUGAAAAGAGGA